UAUUGUCGGCCAUCUGUGUUUCGUGUCCAGUGAAGUGCGCUGUUUCGUGAAAACGCGUUUGUUGUGGGCCCUUUCGAGUCACCGCGCGCAGCACUACUUGUAGCCACAAUAGGCUGAAUUGAGAGUUGCCCUUCGCAUCCAGCGCCAGCUGAAAAUUUGGAGAGCGACCCAGAAAUAUUAUUUCCGAGUUCAGAGCCGGACUUCCGGACGUUGAGUGAAAGAAGCGAAGACAACUAACACAGUUUUGGCAGUUCCACAUAGUCUUGAGAAGAUCAGGAGUAGUAGUGCCUGGAAAGCUGCCACUCUCGCAACCCCAGUCACUCGUUGAUCACCUAGAGCAGCAGUACAAGUAUAUGGCAAUGGCACACGCUACUGCCACCAGCGCCUCAUCAUCAUCAUCCUCGGCGUCAUCAUCGUCCGGUGGGACCAUGAACAAAAGCAAACUUUCACUGGACCUAUCCACCACAGUUGCAGCUUCCCCUCCUGUCAAUGCCACAGAAACUCCCCUGGCAACGCCAGUCACGCCUGGAGAUGUCAAGGUGGAGGGUGGACAGAGCCAUUCCGCUGCAUCCACUCCCACAGAGGAUGGACCCAAUGGCGAUGCGGGUAACAUGAAAAAGCGGAAACCAAGAGCUCUGUUCACACGCCAACAAGUCAUCGAGUUGGAGCGACGCUUCAAAGCCCAGCGAUAUGUAUCCGCACCUGAGCGACAGGAAUUGUCAGCCAGACUGAAGCUGACUGAGACCCAGAUCAAGAUCUGGUUCCAGAAUCGUCGCUACAAGUGGAAGCGAAGCUCCAUGGAGGCUGCAGCCAAUGGUCAGCACAUUGCCCCUACAACAGGAAUGGGUGGACCAGCAGCUCUUGCCAACCGGUAUCCUGGACAACCGCAAGUGCCCCGCCCAGUUGCACCAUAUGGACUGAAUCCUAUGUUCUAUGGGGACCAGUUCAGCCAGGCGCAACUGCAAGCAGCACAAGCUGCUGUAGCCCAAGGACAGACUGGCGUCUCUAUGGCAGGAGCGAUCCCGCAAAUGCAAAUGCCAGCACAGCAGCUAAUGCAGUUCCAGGCAUCAGCUAUGGCUGCCGCUAGCGGCGCUCCACCCUCCGCCAUAAUGCAGCAACAGCAGCAGGCCAUGCAGAUGCAAGCUCCAGGAACGCCUGGUGCACCACCAACCAUGCAAGGUCCCUCUUGGUACUCUGCUCCGUACUAGCGGCACAGCAGUACAUCACUACAUGUAAGAAAAGAAAAGUACUAGAAGUAGUUCUGCUGAACUAGAAUCUGGGCAUCAAGUCUCCAGCACUGCGCCACUACGUGUCAGUUACGAUCGUACAAAGGUACUUGUCAUGUUGUCUGUGUCGUCCAUAUGUACAGUCGGUAGUAACUAACUUUCUGCAACACAAACUAAAACGGUGCAAUAGCUGCUGUAGUACAAAACACAAAUUUUGUUACGUUAGAAGUAUUGCCAUGGAGAUACACGAUGGCAGGUCUUGUGCAGUCCUUAUUUGUCAAAUUCAAAACUGUAUAUAAUUUUUGAUUAUGGAAUACUUCAUCGCUUUCUUGCUGCAUAGCCAGGCAUCCAAUGGCUGUGUACAUUCUUGGUGCUCUCUGAUUUCUUAGCCGUUGAAGUAGUAUUAAUUUAUCCUUCUUGUUCAAGUCAGUCGACAUUGUGUGCCUUGAUGUACAUAAUGAUUGUUUGUCUUGAUUUACAUGCUGUUGAAAAGCUUUACAAACCCCUACGCUGCUUUCAUGAUCAUUUCCUUUGAGCCCAAAGUGGAAAAGAUUCUAAAUCUAAA